GAGAAGAGAGCAGCUCCUAGCAGCAUCAACAUGUAUUUGUUGCUUAUUUUUCCCUGCAGCAAAUUCGCCUGCCUUUCUUUCUCCCAUCCUGUAAAUAUGUGAGGUUUUGUUCUAGUGUUUCCCAUCCCAGUACUGACCUAAUUUGGAUCUACUGAGAACUUAAGGAGUUCUGGGGGGAAAGGGUUAUUUGUAUUGAUGAAAUUAGCUACAAAGGCUCCUAGGCCUUUCUUCUUUCUGAAACUGUGUCUUUGAAUUGUUAGAAGUUUCUUAGCAAAUCCAUGUGCACCUAAAUUCUUUCUCUGGUUACAAAUAUUUUAAAUAAGAUGGUUUCCAGAAGAGCUUCAAAACAAAUAAUGUUAACUUGAACUGGCACCUUCUCAGGAGGUAACAGCAACUAAUAUUGCUGAUUCCUAGGAAAGCAUUUCUGCUACCUGUAAAGAAUUUCCUGAAUUAAAGCAGUCGUGACAGUUUAUAUACAUUAAAGUAAGGUUUUACUUUUUACAACAAGUCUCGGGCCCAGAGCAGUGGUGCAUGUCUAUAGUCCCAGAUACUCGGGAGGCUGAGGCAGGAGGAUCACUUGACCCCAGGAGUUUGACACCAGCCUAAGAAACAUAAUGAGGCCUGUCUUAAAACAAACAAAAAAUAUUUGGGUGUGAUAGCUACCAUGUACUGGGUCCUUACUGCUUUUCAGCCACUAUUCUGUGAACUUUAUAUACUUUAUCACCUUUAGCCCUUCCAUCAGUUCUUUGAGUUUUCUGGAUAUGCCGCAAAAGGAUCCAUGCCAGAAACAAGCCUGUGAAAUACAGCAAUGUUUGCAAGCCAACAACUAUAUGGAAUCUAAGUGUCAAGCUGUCAUCCAAGAACUGCGUAAGUGUUGUGCUCGAUAUCCCAAGGGAAGCUCUCUUGUCUGCUCAGGAUUUGAGAAAGAAGAGGAAGAAAACCUGACACUGAAGUCUGGAUCCAAGUAAAGUGCUGAGAAGUUAAAUGCUGCUCCAUAUUCCCUCCAAGUGUGUUUUAUUUACUGUCUCUUCUUCAAAUCAGCAGCAAAUAGCAAAUCUUUAAGAGUUAGCAAUAUGCCAUCUAUGCAAAAUAGAUCAAAAUAUCAGUAUAUUAGAAAAUGAAUACAUAUAAUGUAAAAGUGAACUGCUAAAAUAAACCUGUUUAACAUGAAAA